CAACAGUGUCCAAUUAAAGAAGAAGAAGAAGAAGAAGAAGCGCACACAACACCCACACCAACACCACCAGUCCUGCUGAAAUCGCUUGUAAUCCACGUCCGCACUCCUUCUGCCUCAUGUUUUCCGCUUGUGCUCUCAGAGUUUCUCCGAUUCCUCACUUGUGCGACGUAAUUGUGGGUGCUAAGAGUCUAUUCGUGAGGAGGGAUUUCGUGUCCCGUGUUCGAUUUGCGGAGGUUGGAUCUCGGCGUGGUAGGAGUUGGGUUGGUGUACGUGCCAUGGGUAGCGUUCCCGCUGAUUUCUCUAAACCCCGGAAGGUUGUGAAGAAAGUCCUCUCUCAAGCGCAGCCCGAGGGCGAUGGCGCAACCGUGCGACGAAGCAUUGGCAGGCCGGAGUUGAAGCAGCUGGACCCUUUCCUGCUUCUAGACUAUUUUGAAGCUUCUGGGCCCGCUGGUUUUCCCGAUCAUCCUCAUCGAGGAUUUGAGACCGUCACGUACAUGCUUCAGGGGUCCUUUACGCAUGAAGAUUUUGCGGGUCAUAAGGGCAUUCUCGAAGCCGGUGACGUUCAGUGGAUGACAGCUGGACGUGGAAUAGUACACAGCGAAAUGCCGUCGCCAGUAGGAGUUCAGAGGGGUCUGCAAUUGUGGGUCAAUUUGGCAGGAAAAGAUAAAAUGAUUGAGCCAAAUUACCAAGAACUAAAAGCUAAAGACAUACCGAGGAUUGAAAAAGAUGGCGUGGAAGUUGUCAUAAUUGCUGGGGAAUCUUUUGGCGUCAAGUCACCGGUGUACACUCGCACCCCAACCAUGUACUUGGAUUUCUACCUACAGCCAGGCGCCUCGUUACACCAAGCCAUUCCCGAAGGAUGGAACGCCUUCACCUUUGUCCUGAAGGGGAGCAUGGUGUUUGGGAAGGAGGACGCACCACCAAUUGGUCCAAGUCAUACAGUUGUCCUAAGUGAUGGUGACGGUCUCAGUGCUUGGAACAAGGGCACAGAACCUGCUCAGUUUGUGCUAGUAGGUGGGAAGCCUUUGAAUGAACCUGUAGCGCAAUACGGCCCCUUUGUGAUGAAUACUCAGGCGCAACUCAUGGAAGCUGUUAGAGACUAUCAGUAUGGUAAGAAUGGGUUCGAAAGAGCUCACUCUUGGAGAUCAGAGGCCAAGGCCCAGUCCACACCAUAGAUUUAGCGUCUACCCCGGAUGGUUAAGAGUAGUUAUGUAUAGAUGAUAAUUGUCUGAGUGAGUAAUAUCCGUGUUUCGGUGCAUGCCUUCGUUAUUCUCACAAUCUUUUCAGAGCGUUGUUAGCAUGAGUGGAAUUGCAGUUUGAUGGAUCUUGGGAUUAGUCAUAGAAGUGUGCAAGAGAAGUAUAUAUGAUUAGGCUUUUGAUGUUUGACUGUAUACGCUCGUUGUUGAGAGCUACACGGUCCAAAGAUAGGAUAUUCCUUAUUCUUACUUACAGGAAGUCUAGAAUUUUCUUUACAUAUCCUUUUCGAGAUUGUAAGAAUUGAACUGAUUGACAACUUUUGUUGAAGUAGAGAAAACCAGCUUCAUUCAUGUUAUAGUUGGGUUUCAUGUUAGCAUCCCAAAUCCGUGUAAUCAUUUGAUAUAUUGUGAAAAUACAGUUAUCCACAAUGGAUUACUUUGUCAAAUAAA